AAUCAACACCAAUUUUCAUCCCUAAAAUUCGAGAGUGUAAUUACACUCCUCUAAUUAAACAAAUUACAUACAUAAUUAAAUUACAUAGUGACUAAGUAAUUACUAACAUGUCAAAUUGUGUAAUUACGCCCAUAGCCAAUUACUACGCAAUGCUGUAAUUCCCCAAUUUGGUGUAGGGUUUGUAAUUGUUUCGUUCGAGAGAAGCAUGCAGUCGCAGCCGCCGCCACCAUCACCACCAGAAUCAAGCUUGUCAAUCGCAUCGGAUUCGCCGCCGGAGAAUAAACAAAAGCUCAACGAGGGAGAUGGAGAUGGAGAUAAAGGAAGCUUGUCAAUCGCAUCGGAUUUGCCGCUGGAGAAGAAACAAAAGCUGAGCGAGGGAGAUGGAGAUGGAGAUGGAGAUAAAGGUCAAAGCGGAGACUUAUCAGCCGAAUCGGAUUCGGAUUGCGAAAUUCAGGAGGAUACUAUAGCUACUCCCGUCAUGAAGUAUUAUUUAGAAGGAAUUUGCCCUUGCUGCAAUCAGAACGUGGACAAAGCUCUUUGGCAGAGGUACCGCCAACAAAUCAAAGAGAGCCAGGGCUUUGACAUUAAAGAUGAAGAUUGUCCUAGUGGAUGCUCGAUGGUGACCAUCUGGCCCAUGACAGGUUACUUAAAGAAUCCUGAGAAUGUUAAGGAGUUGAAAGAUUAUGCUCAAAAGGCACUUGAUACAUACAAUGCUCGAGAGGGCACUAAAUAUGUGGUCGGGAAGAUUCUGAAGGUGAAUGGAAGUGGCUGUCGUGACUUCCAUUUCUAUAUUACUCUUACUGUCAAGACAUCUGAUGGCGAAAAGCUGUAUUUUCAAGCUAAGGUGGUGCGAAGUUUAGAAGGUUCUUUGGAUUUCCCAGUCGUCAGGCCUAGGGUAAUGAGAACUGCUAUUCAUUCCUUAAUUCUGUUUAUAUUUUGGCAUGCUGAAAUUUCUAGCUUUAGUCUUCAAGUUUCAUGACUUUAACGAUCUCAUAGAAAACCUCAUGAGUUUUAAGUCAUUAGGCUGCUGCAAGGUUUAGAUUAGUCGCGACAAAUUAGCAUUCAUUAAGAACCAACUAGCUGUUGAUGGUAGAUAUAAGCUCGUCUAGACAAAAUGUUACUCGUAUCUAACUGUAUGCAACACUAUUUGACACAACAUGCAGUUUCAAGAUAUUAAUUUUGUUUAAAAUUGUAUAAGUAGUAGAAGAAGAAAAUCUUAAAAAUAAAGGGUUGAAAAGUUUUUUGAUAAAGGAAAACCACUUGAAAGUUCAAGUUUGAUUAAUUACUGAACUUCAAAAUAUGUUUGUAUGAGAUAAUGUUAUUAGUUGAAUACUAGAAUGAUCAAAUAUUUGAGUUGUAAGUAAAGUGUGAUUAUUUGAGAUGAAGGAAGCAUUGGAGGACCUGAAACAUAUGUCUAAACUAUAUGUGAUAUCCAAGUUGCUGUCCUUGUCAAAUAAAUCUCUGAAGAGAAACUUGUCCUAAUACUUAUAGACUCUGAAAUUAGGAAAACUAGCCACUGGAUCAAGAGCAAUUGUGGCUCUGUUUUUUGGGAAUUCUUUCAGGAUUGUGAACCUGGAGAGAGUGAAAACUUG